AUGUCGGAGGGACUGCCCAGCAGCCCGCUCUCCUCACCUCCGGAGAGCGUCGUUAACGUCCGCCUCGGCAGCCCGGUUAAGGAUGAUAAGGCAUCGCCCGUCUCAAGCAACCAUGUGGAAUCAAAGGUUGAGACCGUCGCUGAAAACGUCGUAAUCGCGAAGCAACCGACGGCCAGCCCCGAGAGGAAAGUGGAAGGGGAGAAGAAGCCGCUUUCUCACGACUCCGAUGAGAGUGGCCAAUCCAGCGUCCAAAAACGCAAGGCCAGCAUUUCCAAGAAUCCAGCUUCGACGAAGAAGCCCCGUCACGCCGCCCCCGCCGCGCGCAAAUCUGCCCAGGAUAAAAAAUGGGAGGCGCCGUUUGUGUUCACAGACUCGAAAUCCCCGCUCGUGAACGCGGAUUUAAGAGCCAUUCUCCUGCACCCACUGGCUUGGGACAUCCUCACUCCAGAGGAAAAGCAGGAUGUGUUGGCCAAGUUCCCAGACGAGACCCAUCUCCUGGAUGUCGGCACUCAAGAUGCUCGCCCAAACCCGGUCUCGCUGCGCAAUGAUGAUAAUUUUCGGUAUGACUGCGCUCGCUACUGCGAGAAUAUUCAGCUUGGCCGGCACGACGAAGAGUGGUUGAGCCAGGCUUGGGUUGCUCACGAGAAGCACAAGCGGGGUGAUUACGACCAGUUUCUUCGGGAGCGGUUUGAGGACGAGUGGGAAACCAAGCUGCCAGCCGAACACUAA